AUGAAUCGAUCCGCUGUUCAUCUUCUUGAUUUACCUAAUGAGAUAUUAUUUAAUAGUUUAAAGAAACUUGAUAAUGUUGAUGUUCUUUAUUCGUUGUUUGGUAUUAAUAAUGAUCGACUUGAUAGUAUAGCACAAGAAGAAACUUUUUCGACUAUUCUCAAUUUCGUAUCAAUUGUUCAUAACAUUAUAAUAAAUGAUUCAAUACUUGAUCGAUUUUGUAAUAACGUAUUACCUCAAAUUUAUUACAAUGUGAAAUGUCUUAUUGUUGAAUCAGCGUCCAUGGAACGUAUCCUUCUCGCUACUCAUUAUCCGAAUUGGACUCAAUUGAAAAUUUUUAAUUUUCAACGUGACAGUUGUUCAUUACGUUAUUUUACAGAUGAUUCAUCCCUUCAACGUAUCUUCAAACAACAGAUUAAAAAACUUGAUCUUAUCAAUGAAGAUAGUGAACUUGCUGUGGAAUCAUUGAAAAAUUAUACGAAAAAAGUAUAUGCACAUAUUUUGACUUACUUCGAAAAUCUUGAGUAUUUGAAUGUUAUUGAAACAUCGAUUUCUGGAUAUCCAGGCUUGGUAGUUCAUUAUUUACCAUUAAAUACUUUUUCUUCUGUAAUUCUUACUUAUUUAUGUAUUAAUGUGGCAACAUUGACUGAUUGUCUUUAUGUACUUGAUGGUCGUCUCAAACAAUUAAGUACAUUCAUUGUUCGAAUUUAUUGUAUGGAUAUGGAUUCAUCAUUUGUACACAAAAUGGUAGGUAUCUUUUAUCUUGUUAUACUACUCGAACAAACAAAAUGUUAG